CCCCGGACAUUUCGCUGGGCUCCUCAACAUCGACAUAGGAGACGACGCCGUUAGCACGACUUUGUUUUCCCUCUGCAACAUUGCCACUCUUUAAUUCAUUUCACUAUGUAUUUCAGCAUACGAUAAGUUCCAUAUACCCCUAUCCCCGCUCCACCGGCUGCACCACCCCCCUUCCCCUGCGCCAUACAUCGAGACGUCCGGACCACGAAGGUCCAUCCAUAGCUCCAAUGAGUGAGGAAAAGCACCUCUACGAUGUCCAAUCCGACCCUCCAAUCCCUACCUACGAAGAAGCCACCUCCUCCCGUCCGCGGUCCCGGUUCGGCCCACAAGAAGUCAGCGACGACGCCGAGAGGCAAGGCCUCCUAGGCCACGACCUUGCACCCCAGAGCUCUAGUUCGCGCCGGAGAAAUGGGUACUACCAUCCACCGUCCGAGCAGUCUGCGCGGGAGAGCGACGAUGAGGACGCCGGGUUGGUGAGCCCAGAGGAGGGGGAAGAAGGCGAGGCGCAGGCGCUGCGACAGGAGAUGGAGGAGAUGGACAUGUUGGAUCCGGAGGCCGAGGAGACGGGACUGUCACGAAGAGAUAGAGCGCGCGGACGGUUUUCGAAACGGUUCCAACAGAUUACGCAUCGGUUGUCACGGUUUCAUUGGCCCCGGAUACGCAUACCUUGGCCUUCGUUCCGGCUUGACUGGCUACGGGACAGGCUGCCUACGAUUCCGGAGGAAUACAGACCAGGAUGGGCUAUUCUGGCGAGGCUAUGCGGUCUUCUGCUGAUUAUUAGUCUGGUGUAUCUGCUCGUUGUGAGUGAGAUUAUGCCUAUGGGAGCGGGGAAUUUUGGGCAGCCGUUCAAUGCGGAGUGGGUUCGGCAGCAGGUGCAGCAGAAUGUGGAUGUUGAGAGGAUACAAGAGAAUCUGAAAUAUAUCACAUCGUUUCCUCAUGAGGCGGGGACGGAGGGGAGCUAUUACAUUGGGGAGUGGAUUGAGGGGAAGUUCAACGAAGCGCAUAUGGAUGCUUUGGCGCAUGACGAUUUCUACGUCUACUUGAAUUAUGCCAAGGACGGAGGACGUCGUGUCGCCAUUGUUGAUCCGCCGGAGAAGGCCUGGGUUGCGAAGCUGGAGGAGGAGUCGGCGUAUAAUCCGCCUAGGCCGCAGACUGGAGCGUUCCAUGGGCUUUCGGCAUCCGGGAAUGUUACUGGUCCUCUGAUCUAUGCCAAUUACGGACACAAGAACGACUUCCUUAAACUCAAGGAGGCGGGUAUCGACGUGAAAGGGGCUGUGGUGCUCAUGCGGUAUUAUGGCACACAAUCCGACCGAGCCAUGAAAGUGCGAACAGCAGAAGAGGCGGGAGCAGCAGGCGUGCUUCUCUACUCGGAUCCAGCUGAAGAUGGCUUCAAAAAGGGCGCCGUUUGGCCACUGGGACGCUGGAGACCCGAGGAUAGCGUCCAGCGGGGCACUGUUGCUCUAACGAGUUGGAUCGUCGGCGACACCCUCACACCUGGUAUUCCUAGCACUAAAGACGCGAAGCGCAUGCCAAAGGACAAGAACCCUGCGUUGCCCAAGAUACCAAGCUUGCCACUUGCCUGGAGAGACGCGCAGAAGCUUCUACAAGCCAUUUCUGGAAUCGGCGUAGAAGUACCCAGAGAUUGGGUAGGUGCCGUGCCGGACGUUGGGGAGAAGUGGUAUACGGGGAAUGAAAGGUCUCCUCAUGUCAAUCUUCAAAAUAUCCAGGACACAAACGAGAAACAGCCCAUCCGCAAUGUUUUCGGGUCAUUCAUCGGCAUGGAAGAAAAAGCUAAGAAGAUCAUUGUCGGAAACCAUCGCGACUCAUGGUGCUUUGGAGCCGCAGACCCGGGUAGCGGAACAGCUGUCAUGCUUGAAGUCGCCCGCUUGCUGGGUGAGCUCCGUAUGCAAGGCUGGCGACCUCUGCGUACCAUUCAGUUUGCCUCUUGGGACGCAGAAGAGUACAACCUUAUCGGUUCGACCGAGCACGUCGAGGCCAACAUGGACGACCUACGCGCCAACGCAGUCGCUUACCUGAACGUUGACGUCGGCGUUACCGGCUCCAAACUCUGGGCCAAUGGCUCACCCGUCUUCCAAAACGCGUGGCUGCGCGCACUCAACCGUGUCGCCGACCCCAACAAGAACGUCACGUUGAAAGAGCUCUGGGCCUCGCAGAACAGCCAAGUCGGUGGCCUAGGCGCUGGCAGCGACUACGUCGCCUUUCAGGAUCUUGCUGGCUGCUCCAGCUUCGAUUUCGGCUUCUCCGGCGAAGGACACGGUGAUAUGUACCACAGCUGCUACGAAACGUUCGAAUGGGUUUCCAAGUACAUCGAUCCAGGCUUCGCCUACCAUGGCGCCCUCGCCCAGGUCUGGGCCCUCCUCAUCCUGGAACUCGCCCAAGAACCCAUCAUUCCCUUCAAAAUUGACGACUACGCCACCUGGCUCAUGCGCGAAGCCCACGCCCUAAUCGACUGGUCGCGCUCGAAGUUCGAGGACCAGAAACAGAGUUCGCGGUUCGAUGCAAAGAUUUUCCAAAAGUUGACAGAAGCGAUCCACGUGUUGAAGGAUAGGGCGGAGAAGUUCCACCACUUUGAUGACUUCUGGUAUAAUCAGGUGUAUGGGACGGGAGGAUUUGAGAGCCCGGGUGUGACGAUACAGAGGACAGGACAUAAUGGCGCGAUGGCGGCGUUUGACGCUUGGUUGUUGGACUUACCGGAGGGGGAGAAGGAUAGGGAGCCUCACGGGGUAAGUAGUUCUCCUUCCUAUUCGGUGUUUCUUCGAAGAAACGAGCGGCAAGGCUUAUCGGUCGGUAUUGCGUUUACAUCGCUGACUCUAUCACAGAUCCCUGGCCGCGACCAGUACAAACACGUCGUCUUCGGUCCCGACGCAUCAGGCUCUGGCUACGAUGCUGCCAUAUUUCCCUUUGUGCGGGACGCCAUUGAUAAUGGUGACUGGGUGCUUGCAGAGAAGCAAAUCAAGAAGACAGCGGAUAUUAUAAGGAAGGCGGCGGAGAAAUUGAAGUGAGGGCGUGAGAAUUUGAACGUCCUUAUUGCUUGUAUAGAGCGGAUAUGGUAUGCAUGUGCAGGGCAGUCAUCAUGUUGCAGGGAUGGCGUUGUGGCGUUGAUGAGCGGCUAUGUUCGCUGAGGUGG